ACCAAUAGCGGCCGGCCUCGGAAUUACACCCCUCCAAUCAUGAAGAGGUAGGCGUGUACGAAAGAUUAGUGCGGAAUCGCGCUGUAUAUUUUAUUGAUAAUCUGAUUUCUGGAUUGUUUUUAUAAACGUACUGCUGUCGCAAUGGUUUACCACUCGCUGGCGUUACCCAUGAUCUGCUUUACCACGCUGUGGGGUUUGGUGGGAAUUGUAGCCCCGUUUUUGGUACCGAAAGGGCCGAACAGAGGUGUCAUCAUAACCAGUUUGGUGCUGACUGCGGUUUGCUGCUAUUUAUUCUGGUUAAUAGCUAUACUGGCUCAAGUAAACCCUCUAUUUGGACCUCAGCUCAAGAAUGAGACCAUUUGGUAUCUCCGAUACUUUUGGGAGUAAAUGGAGUACAGGUGCAUUGUUUUCCAGUUCCAGUUGGACCAUUUGUUUCAUCAGGCAUUUAUCUUAAAAUCACUAUUAUAAUCAUUCAAAUCCACGAAAUAAUGUAAAAAAUAAAGUUGAACAGCCCUGCGUACCUACUUUUUAUUAUGGUUAAGUGAAACUCCAAUUGGAAGAUUUAUGUGUGUCCUGAAAUUAAUAUUUAUUUUAAUUUUAUAGAUCAAUUAAAUGUAUUCAAUCAAACAUGUCUAAAUAUAGUAAUUGUAAAAUACGAUACAUCUUAUAAUAAGUAUGAACAAUAUGAAAUGUUAAAGUGAUGUUCUUGUAAUGUGCAUUGCAUUUAAAGAAACAGACAUGUCAAGUAAUGUUAGUCUAUUUUUAUUGUGUAUAAUGGUCCUCACUUGCCUCUGUGACAUACUUUAUUCAGGUGUGUUUAUUAUAUGUUAAAAGUAUUUAUUUAUUGUCAUUUUUGUUUGCAAAUGUGAUGGAUGUUUUGUUUUUUUCAUUGUAUGUGAGUAUGAAAGUUGAUGUAUAAGACUAAGAAAAUAAAACUGAAGUGAAAACAGCCUA